CGCCGAAACGUGAUUCUCCAUGGAAACGUGAUUCACAAGGCAAGGUAACUCUACCUGAAAGAGAUAACCAUCUCCAAUGUGAAUCUUAUAAUGUCCUUAAACAAUCAAAUGAUGAUGUGCAGGAGCCACGAACUACCAUGCAGGAGCCGCAACAAACCAAAUCGAAAGAGGGUUGUGGCAGUGCAGCUUUACCACAUGAACAUGUGAUCACUAAGAAUGCCCAUGCUGAAAAUAAUCUUGCUGUGCAGCAAGGUGGUCCUGAACUAAGUUUACGACUUCACCAAGUUACUAAGCAGAAUGCUCAUGCUCAAAAUAGUAAUGCAACCAAGCCAUGUGGUCAUCACCAAGUCACUAAGCAGGAUAAAGUUGAAGUCGUGUUGUAUUCAAUGAACCCGAGAAACAAAGACAAACUCGUGGCCACAGGAACUUUAGCGAGUAAAGAGAAAACGUAUGUGGUUGGAGGAAACAUGCUUGGAGUGCAAUAUGUUGCAGUUCAUGUUCGCGGUUGUACAUAUCUAGGAGAUGAGAAACUAGUCAGACCAUAUGAAAAAUUCCAAACAGUAAGGGAUGCCGUGGGUUCUGUUAUUGCUUGGCCUCGCUCACAUGUAAAAAUAGUUAGGCCAACUCCUCCAGCACAACCACAAAGCAUUGGGCGGUGAGGAUUUGAAAAGUGAGUGCAUUAAAGGAGCUAGGAGUGGCUGGGUAGUUGACGAUUUGAAAAGGGAGUGCACUAGAGUCAGGAGCAGUUGGCGAAUCUAUCUUUGAAUGAACAAAUAUUCUGGAUUAUGUAUAGAUGUUAGCUUCAUAGAGAAAAAUAGUUCUAGUCUAUAGGAUCUUUUCUUAUUUAUUUUCAUGAUCGCAUGUUUCA